GAGUCUGUUCUUCCCCCUCCCCACCACUUGGCCAACACCAUGACACCGGACAUCCAGGCCCCUUUCUUCUUCCUGCUGCUGCUAUUCCAAGUGCUUACAGGCUCGGCUGCCUCUCCGGUCGACGAUGGCACCUCACCCGCCAGGCCCAGUGGAGCCUCACCUCCGAGCACCAGCCCUGCCUCAGGCUCGGCUGCCUCUCCGGUCCACGAUGGCACCUCACCCUGGGCCACCAGUGGCCCCUCACCUCCGAGCACCAGCCCUGCCUCAGGCUCGGCUGCCUCUGCGGUCCACGGUGGCACCUCACCUCUGAGCACCAGCCCUGCCUCAGGCUCGGCUGCCUCUCCGGUCCACGAUGGCACCUCACCCCGGGCCACCAGUGGCCCCUCACCUCCGAGCACCAGCCCUGCCUCAGGCUCGGCUGCCUCUCCGGACCACAGUGACACCUCACCCCGGGCCACCAGUGGCCCCUCACCUCCGAGCACCAGCCCUGCCUCAGGCUCGGCUGCCUCUCCGGACCACGAUGGCACCUCACCCUCCAGGCCCAGUGGCCCCUCACCUCUGAGCACCAGCCCUGCCUCAGGCUCGGCUGCCUCUCCGGUCCACGAUGGCACCUCACCCCGGGCCACCAGUGGCCCCUCACCUCUGAGCACCAGCCCUGCCUCAGGCUCGGCUGCCUCUGCGGUCCACGAUGGCACCUCACCCCGGGCCACCAGUGGCCCCUCACCUCCGAGCACCAGCCCUGCCUCAGGCUCGGCUGCCUCUCCGGUCCACGAUGGCACCUCACCCUGGGCCACCAGUGGCCCCUCACCUCCGAGCACCAGCCCUGCCUCAGGCUCGGCUGCCUCUGCGGUCCACGGUGGCACCUCACCUCUGAGCACCAGCCCUGCCUCAGGCUCGGCUGCCUCUCCGGUCCACGAUGGCACCUCACCCCGGGCCACCAGUGGCCCCUCACCUCCGAGCACCAGCCCUGCCUCAGGCUCGGCUGCCUCUCCGGUCCACGAUGGCACCUCACCCUCCAGGCCCAGUGGCCCCUCACCUCUGAGCACCAGCCCUGCCUCAGGCUCGGCUGCCUCUCCGGUCCACGAUGGCACCUCACCCCGGGCCACCAGUGGCCCCUCACCUCUGAGCACCAGCCCUGCCUCAGGCUCGGCUGCCUCUGCGGUCCACGAUGGCACCUCACCCCGGGCCACCAGUGGCCCCUCACCUCCGAGCACCAGCCCUGCCUCAGGCUCGGCUGCCUCUCCGGUCGACGAUGGCACCUCACCCUGGGCCACCAGUGGCCCCUCACCUCCGAGCACCAGCCCUGCCUCAGGCUCGGCUGCCUCUCCGGUCCACGAUGGCACCUCACCCUGGGCCACCAGUGGCCCCUCACCUCCGAGCACCAGCCCUGCCUCAGGCUCGGCUGCCUCUGCGGUCCACGAUGGCACCUCACCCCGGGCCACCAGUCCUGCCUCAAGAUCAGUUAUUACAGCACACGAGGGCACCUCUUCUAAGGUUACCAUGACCCAAGCCAGCAAGGGCACUCCAACCACAGUUCCCAGCUCUUAUACUCCCACCAUUUCUGCCAGCCACACUACCGGGACAAUUGCCAGCAGCACUAUCCAGAGCAUAGUACCUCCCACCUCCUCCAAUCAUAAGACUUCUCAGCAGUUGCCUAUUAGGAUCUCCCUGUUCUUCCUGUCUUUUCGCAUUACGAACCUCCAGUUUAACUCUUCCCUGGAAAAUCCCAGCACCAGCUACUACCAGAAGCUGCAGAGAAGCAUUUCUGUAUUGUUUGUGCAGACUUAUAAACAAGAGGAUUUUCUGGGCCUCUCAGACAUCGAGUUCAGGCCAGGAUCUGUGUUGAUAAAAUUAACUUUGGUCUUCCAAGAGGGUACCACUGCCCACAACGUGGAGAGACAGCUUGGUCAGCUUGAAGCAGCAGCAGUCAAAUAUAACCUGACCAUCAGUGGAGUUAGUGUGCGUGAUGCAUCAUUUCCUUCCUCUGCCCAGUCUGGGUCUGGGGUGCCUGGCUGGGGCAUUGCCCUGCUGGUACUGGCCUGUGUUCUGGUUGCCCUGGCCAUCAUUUAUCUCAUUGCCCUGGUUGUGUGUCAGUGCAGACAAACAAACUAUGGGCAGCUGGACCUCUUUCCAACCCGAGAUGCCUACCAUCCUAUGAGCGAGUACCCCACCUACCACACCCAUGGGUGCUAUGUGCCCCCUGGCAGUACCAAACGGAGCCCCUUUGAGGAGGUUUCUGCAGGCAACGGUGGCAGCACUCUCUCUUACGCGAACCUGGCAGCCACUUCCGCCAACCUGUAGGGGCACGUUGCCUGCUGAACCAGCCAGCUCCGACUGCCUCCCUGGGUUUCUUCACUGCUGCAGCCCCCGCCUUGCCCCCAACUCUGCUCUGGGCUGGUGAGCUGGGCGUUCAGGUGGGCUGCCUCCCUCACAGGCCCCACCAAGUCCCCUAACCCAUCUUAGCCCUGGCGAAGCCCAUCUGAGCCCCUGGGGACAAGCCUGAGGCAGUGGCUCCCAGGAGGACUGGCCCGGACAGGUGGGAGAUGGGA